UAUAAAUAUAUAUACUAUACAUUUCUGCACAACAUCCUGAAAAACGGAUCUUAUGACCUUAUUCCACAUUUCUUAUUAGACUUCAAAAAGCCUGAAGAGUUUUUAUUAAUAUAUAUAUUUUUGAUAAGAAUGGUUUCUUUUCGGCGAUUCCGGUCUUCACAAGCCAUUAAUUAUACGCGGAAUAAAACUAUACCACCUCUGAUUACUAACAAAAUAACGUCUUUUAUUAACUAACACCACUCUAAAUACAAAAAUAUUUACAAUAUUAAUACGUAAAAACAAAUAAACAUAUGUUUAUCACGUAAAUGUGCAGUAUCUGAUAUUCCUCACGACCAACCGCUGCCUGACCUCGAUAUGAAAAAUUGUUUAUUAGAUUGAAUUACAAAGUAUUAGAGAAUAUUACAAUUUUAACUCUGAUCAAAUAAAUGUUUUGUCUCUUUCUCUUCGUUAUAAAUCUUGAAUAAUCUUGACUGACGUUUAAAGGUGCGAAUCCUUCACCUCAUCAAGGUUUAUUUGCCCAUAAAUCUACAUACAAUNAUGUUUUUAAGUCAAUUUAUCAAUAAUAAAUAAGAACCACUGUGUGUGUCUCUCUUAAAUAUAUACAACAUGUAAACUCAUAUCUAUACAUACCGUAUUCAUUAUUCAGCAUAUAAAAUUGUGCUUCGUGGACUUCGUCAAGCAUUGCGCAAUCAUCGCCUAAAUUACACAUCAUUUUCUUUCUACCAAACUCAGAAUUCGGCUCAUUUCCGUGUUAAACUUUUGUAAAGAAACACCAAGUGCUGUGGUGUUUUGUUCUUUCAUACCGUAGAUAAAAAAUUAACUUUGUUGACAUUAAAAGUGCAACGGUUUUAAUUGAUACUAAUAUUUUAUAUUUUUUAUUAUUUUAUUAUUCCAACGCAAAACACUUGAUAUUUCGUUGUGUCUAUUUUAAAACCGUGUUGAAUAUUUGAGUUACUAUGACUGGAGACGCUGAUACAUUUAUACCUACCUUUUACUCCCAUCGGAGUGUGUUUAUUACUGGUGGCACAGGUUUCUUGGGUAAAGCGUUAUGUGAAAAAUUACUGAGAUCUUGUCCGGAUAUUGAAGAAAUAUAUUUAUUGAUACGACCAAAAAAAGGAUUGACCAUCACCGACAGAGUUAAGAAAAUGUUGAAUAACAAGCUUUUUGAUUUAUUACGGCGCGAACGGCCAACCAGUUUCGAGAAAAUUAUUCCGAUAAGCGGAAACGUGAGUAUCAAAGAUUUAGGAUUAUUGCCAGAGGACAGGAAAAUGUUAAGUGAAAAAGUGUCGAUAAUAUUUCACGUAGCAGCUUCUGUCCGCUUUGACGAGAGUCUUAAAGAUGCGAUUUUCACAAACUUACGGUCAACGCGUGACGUUUGUAUUUUGGCCCAAUCUAUGAAAAAUAUAGUAGCUCUAGUUUACGUAAGCUCGGCAUUUACACAGUGUGAUAAACCCGUCGUAGACGAGGUUUUUUAUCCUCUAGAAAAUGUCGAUUGGAAGAAGACGAUCCACACUGCUGAGAAAAUUGACAACGAAAUUUUAAAAGUUUUUACCGCGAAAUAUAUACAUCCCAUGCCCAAUACGUACGUCUUUACAAAGCGACUAGCAGAAAAUGUUAUAAACGAUUUUUCUGAAUCGUUGCCUUGCGUUAUUAUCAGACCUUCAAUUGUAGUACCUUCAAUUAGCGAUCCCAUACCAGGCUGGCUAGAUAAUUUUAAUGGCCCAAUGGGCUUACUAGUCGGUGGUGGAACCGGAAUUUUACGUGUGGUGCACUUAGAUGCUAAUGUAUUUUCCGAUUUUAUUCCGAUAGAUAUAGUGAUUAAAGUAAUGAUUAUCGCAGCUUGGAAACGCGGAAUGAAAAACACCUCCGAAGAUAAUAGUCUUCACAUUUACAACUGCUUUAUAAACAACACGAAAAGCAUAAGUUUAAGAAAGUUAAUACGCGAAUCAUUUCGUGUUGUGUAUGAUAUUCCUUUGGAACAAACAAUUUGGAAACCACAUACGAUUAUGACAAAUAGUGGUUUAGUAUAUUACAUAUUGGUGUUAGUAUUACAUAUUGUGCCGGCAUUAUUCAUAGAUACUGUGCUGAAAAUAUUACGUUUGCGUCCGAUGUUACUGAAGUUGCAACGAAGGAUAUAUAUGUCAAACUGUGCACUGUCCUUUUUUGUAACUCACUUCUGGCAGUUUAAUACCACAAAUUUAAUAAACAUUUUCGAGAAUUUGAGCGCUGCUAAUGAAAAAGAUUUUGAAUAUAAUAAUAUUUUGAAUUUUGACACAGAAGAAAUUUUAAGACGUGGCAUUAUUAGUACUAAACUCUACUUGCUUAAUGAAGAUAUGAGUCGCUUAGAACAACUCAGACGUUAUCGUAAAAAAAUGGACUGGCUUCAUAAAAGUAUCAAACUGUUUUUUGUCAUUAUGCUAUGCUACAUCUUGUAUUCACGUUUAUGA